AUGGCUUUUUUAUUAGAUGAAUCGGCGGAUUUCGAGGACUUCUUUCCGUCGAUGAUAACGAGACUGGGAGCAGAAGGGUUUAUCUGCGAGCUGUGCAACGGGUUUCGUUUGUUGAUGGAUUGCGAGAAGGGGUUGAUUACGUUCGAGAGCUUGAAGAGAAACAGCUUUCUUCUGGGCUUGCACGACAUGAUGGAUGAUGAGAUUGUGUGCAUGUUAAGCGAAGGUGAUCUUGACGGAGAUGGAGCUCUUAAUCAAAUGGAGUUUUGUAUUCUGAUGGUUAGGUUAAGUCCAGGAUUACUGGAUGGUCCAUCUCAGUGGAUGAUGGAAGAUUUGUAUGUGUAA